AUGAGUAAUAUAUUAUCAGUGUUUAAUCCACCGGCUGAAAGGAAUUUCAAUGAAGAAGAAAAUUUAGAUUGUUUGCCAUGUCAAGUAAUGAAUUCCUUUUUAGCCAUUGGCUUUGGUACAUACUUGGCCUCGGGACGAGCAAUCACUUAUUCUGAUAAGGAUAAGAAAAAGGGCGUUACAUUGAAGGAAUUUGAACGUAGAAAUCCACUUUGGUGGAGAAAUUCUAUACGAAGCAUAGGUGGUGGAUUGUUAGUAUAUGGUGUUAUUAGAGGUAGUGAAGGUUGGAUAUGGAAUAAAGAUAAGAAAUACCAAAAAUUGACCUGA